AAUCCUCUCGGUUGCUCUCAAUCGCCCACCAAGCGACCGCUAUCCGUCGACAUGAUCCUACCGCCAGAGCUGCUGACGCUCGUUUUCCUGACUGGCUUGGCUGCCGUCUAUGCGCGUAUGCCACCCUUCCAAACAGGUUGACAACCACGUGCUGACACGCUGAAGAAGUCGAGGAUACGACCACGCUAACAUUCAUUACCACGUGGGACGUCUCUUCUGUCAUUACCACACCCACAGCUGCUCCUCUGUCGCCUACAGGAGACGCGAACAGCAUCGGCGCGCCAGCCCCAACGCCCACGGCCGACGACCCGCCGCAGUUCACAGAGGUCGAGGCGUGCGACUUGCCCGAUCCGCCAGAUUGGUGCAACGAGUCGCCGCCGGAUUUCUGGCAUCCUGAGGAGUCUGCGACGGGAUGGGACGACUGGGCAUCGUGGAACAAUGAUGGGAUUGGAGGCGGGAACGAUUUCGCGCCGACGACGCCAACGCUCAUGCCGGUUGAGCAGACAACGCAGGUUGUCACAACGGUGACGCCUACGGUCAUUGGAAUCAGGACGAGUGUGCAGGCGGUGGUGGGUGGGGGUGCGACGCCGCAACCACAGCUUCCGGACACGGUCCCUGCAGGAGAUUGGCAAACAGCGAAGCAGGAACCGCCUGCGCAGCACACACCUGCCAAGGACGCACCGCAGACGAAGACAGCAGGGGGGCCUAAUGCAUCACAUGGAAGUCAAGCUCAAGAAAAUCCCAUUCAACCUACACCAGGGCAGUCCACAGCGGGGUCGAAGCCAAGCCCAGAAAACUUACCGGCCCAGGGACAGUCAGCCUCGACCGGAAACGCACUCUUGGACACCAUCAUCAGUCAUCUGGGCAAUGCACAGCCAGGCACGCAACCCGCACAACCCGCACAACCCACGCAGCACAGUCUUCAAACCACCGGAGGGUCGGAUGAGCAUUUCGCCCAAGAGUCUGCCGCAGCACCGACAGACACGACCCACGUCGGACCCCGCGAAUCAGCACAAGGCUGGGACGUUGGAUCCGGGCAAAUCACACGGGCUCCGGCGAACACAGCCUCUGCCCGCGAUAGCAUCGCAGUCGGCACCGUCAUCACGCUCGGCUCCGCGGCGAUAUCGCUCACGCCCGGGCUGUCAACUGUCGUCGGCACUGGCACGGAUACCACGCUCAUCGCCCUCCAGACCGAUGGCGCAAGCCACACCAUCAUCACGGUUAGCUCCAGCGGCACGGCGGUCACUGCCACGCUCUCGAAUGCACCUGCCACGCUCACGCUGCCGAAGACUGGGUUCGAGGCCAGCAUCACAGACAGUGCGGGGAGAGGGGUGGCUACGUCGCGUGCUGCGGUGACGGCGGUGUCGACGAGCAGCAGGGGUGUUGCGAACGACAAGAGAGUGGACGUGAGUGCGCUGUCUGCAUUCGUGGUUGGGCUUCUUGGGUGCGCUGCCGUGCUCUGAUACUCUGGACGAUACGACUGGGUCUACGGGUACGCUGGACGUUCGGGAUAUAGCGUUCAUCUCGACCUUUUCUCCGCGAAGAAGACCAGCGACAACAUCAUGUAGCCCACAAUCUACAUGCUCCACAGCUUCUCUGCACGGUCCUCAACCUAAGACACAGCAACUCUUCGGGUUGACGAAGCAACGCGAGGAUCAGAUAUCGCUGAGACCCCAAACGAACGCCUCGCCACUCUUCAGCUCUCUUACAAUGGCGAAACA